AUGGAAUUACUAUUGCAUACACACGUUUUGGUUGCGUCAAAUGCCGAUGUACUCAAGGGAGUGGGAUCCUCUGAGGCCACAUACGCAACUCAUUUAUUGAACGGUAAAAGUGAACUUGUUAUCCAGGAUGUAUUGAACCAAUUAAAUCAACGUAUCGAUUUGUCUCAUGUCUCCAGCGCAGACGAGAUGGUAUCUCUAACUAGAAGCUUUCUAGUAACCUAUUUCAAAGAGAAUAUUACGUCAUCAUUAUAUUUUGCCAUUGCUUUACUUCAAUAUUUCAUUCAAAAUAAUUAUACUGGUCCGUCUAUAGAUAUGGAUGUAUUUGGUUUAUUGUAUGCAGCUCCACAAGAUGACUCUUCCAAGUAUCAAAAGUAUUUUAUACAAGCAUUGACUAUUCUUGGUCAACCGGCAUAUGAAUUAUUGUCUAAUCCCGAAUGUCUAACCGUUUCAUUACUUCUAUUUGAAAUUUUAACUGACUCCCAAACUUUAUUUAAUGAUCAGGCUAAGGAUGAUGACUUAGUUCUUCCAGAGAUUGUUCCAGGUAUGGAUGGAUUGUUGGCCAUUGCCAACUGGUGGAGGGCAAGAGCAUUAUUAGCUCAUUUAUCUGUCGUACCAGAACCAUCUGGUAAUCAACCAUCUGUAGCAGCAGCAAUAAUGUCUACUAUAGAUAUUGCCUACUGUAUUUCGAAAGCGUUACCUGCUGAGGUGGAAGAAGAUUUCAAAAAGAAAAUAUUUACAAUUUAUUAUUUAGAGAACGUUAAGACCUCUUUGGCUAUCAAUACUGAGCACCUAUGUUUACCAUCCCUAACGAAAGUGAAAAAAUUGACAGAUUUCAAAUUUGUGCUGACAGGUGCUCGUGCUAAGAGAACUAAAUUUCAAGAAAUCGGCCAUUCAGGUUUAAUCAUAUUAGCACAUUCAUCGACCCAAGAUGAAAACAAUAAUGCUAGCGACUCGAACAACCCUGAAAAUUUUGUGCUAGAGUCAGAUCUAUUAUUGGAGAAACCGAUCUUUGAUUCCAUUGGUGCCGAACCAUUAGAUGAACAAAUUAUUAAACGUCAAAAGAUCGAUCCUGAAUCAGAAGAGAAUAAUGGUAUUGAUGAAGAUAGAAUUCUUCCAAUGGCAAUCCGUCAAGAAUAUAUACCAAAAUCCUUACAAGAAUUGGAUCCUAAUGAACAGCCAACAUUAAAUAAUCUAGAUACCAUCCAGCUAUUACUUCGUAUAUAUGUGAUCCGUCAGACAUCGCCAGCUAGAGACCCAUUGGUAGAAGAGGAACUUUCCUCCAUUGUCUCAAGAAUCAUAUAUCAAAAGGGACAAGCUAAUUGGUCUCUUUUCUCAAGAUCACUAUGGGAGAGAUCAAUCCUUGAGACUAACAAAGCAAAGACCGUCGAGAGAGGUCUUCUUCAAAUGCAAUCCCUUGUAGAAGAACUGGGACUGAUGAUCCAAACCAGGAUGAUUCCACAGAGUCAAGAAGAAGCUAAUAACUCUAGUGCACCUCGAUUGAAAUAUAUUCAUCAGUUACCAUAUAUUCCACGUUGGGAGCUGGACGCCAAAUUGGCUGAAAAAUAUAUGUCUCUAGGUGUUUUAAGAUCUGCUGUUGAAAUUUAUGAUAGAUUGCAUAUGUGGUGUGAAGCUGCGUUAUGUUACGCUGCAGUAGGCGAUGAAAAGGAAGCUGAGAAGAUUCUGGCGAACAGAGUAAUAGAUGUUCCUGGUGAUGCUCGUGCUUACUCGAUUUUAGGUGAUAUCAGACAGGAUCCUUCGUUAUGGGAAAAGAGUUGGGCCAUUGGUAAAUAUGUUAACGCAAAGAAUUCUCUAGCUAGGUAUUAUUAUCGUCCACCUAAGGACUCUGGGGUUACUCAAGAUUUCGAGAUUGUAUUGGGCCAUUUGAACGAUUCCUUAAGGCAAUACCCAUUGAGUUUCGAUACAUGGUAUUUCUAUGGUUGUGUCGCUUUGGAAUCUGGUAAAUUAAACGUAGCAUCUGAAGCAUUCUCUAGAUGUGUUUCAUUAGACGAAACACACUCUAUGGCUUGGUCCAAUUUGAGUGCAUCAUAUAUUCAACAAGAUAAAUUGAAAGAAGCGUACAGUUGUCUAAAGAGAGCUGUUGGUUUUGAUUCCCAGAAGAAUUGGCGUAUAUGGGAGAAUUUCAUGAUCGUAUCGUUCCGUUUGAAUGAAUGGAAUGAUGUAUUGACAGCCUGUAAACAAUUAGUUAGUAUCAGGAGAGAUAAACAAGGUGAGGGAUCUGUUGACAUGCCUGUUGUUGAGAAACUGGCAGAAUUACUUAUUACUACCGAUUACUCCGAGGAGAAACAAGACUAUUUCCAGAGAAAUGGUAUUGAAUUUAUCUGUAUCACUUUGCCAUCGUUGAUCACUACUAAUGAUAGAUUAUGGAAGAUUGUUGCAAGAGUAGAACUUUGGAGAGAGAGACCCUGGGCUUCCCUUGAUUGUCAUGAGAAGGCAUAUAGAGUAACAUUGCAUAACCCUGCCAUCGACACAGAAGAACCAGCUUGGAAUAAUACUGUAGAUGCAUGUGAGGAUCUAGUUGCAGCAUAUGAAUCCCUAGGAGAACGUAAAGGUAAAUACGGUGAAGGAAGUAUCGUAUGUAAGGAUUGGAAGUACAAGGCGCGUUCUACCAUUAAGGCUUUAAUAAGUAAAGGUAAAGGUAGAUGGGAUGAUACAGAUGGUUGGGAAAGACUAAUGGAGAUUAGAUCCCAAUUAUAG